AUGAAGGACUUGCACCCAAAGAAAGGAGAAAAAUUUCGCGGCAUCUCCGCUACGAGAGGUACUGAUGGUAUCUAUUACAACAGUGCGAUACCUUAUCUGCUCUUUACAAACGAAUGCAUAAGAGGCUAUGCAAGUACGGAUAAUACCAUCAUUGCCAACUAUACACGAGUCGAUAUACCUAAAUUUGCAGAAAUAGCCAAGUCCAAGCGGUGUAACGAAAAGUUCUUUGAUGUAUACCUUGGGAAUGAUGACUACAUAUGCUGUAAUAGGCAAACUCUAGAAACAUACGAAUACAAAUCAGCGAUCAAAUACUGUGUCAUUCGGAUACUAUGUGGCAAGUCCAAUGAUCCAUUUCGUCAAUUGAUUAAGCCUCUACCCAGGAAGUCCUCCAACUUCCAUUUGAAAGACAUUGAAGGGCAUAUUGUGGAAGAAAAUACUGAUUACUAUCUAGAAUUAUACGACAAAGACAGUGAUGUUCUGAAAAUUUGGGAUAAUCUCCUUCACUCAGGUUACUAUCUUAGCCGAACAGAACGGAUCAUUGUUCAAUGUUCCAUUGUUAAUGGAAUACACUAUCUUGUUUAUAAAAACAAAUACCUGCACGUUGCGGAUGGAAGUGAUGAAAUUACGUUUACUGACCAGCUACCGGAUCGGCACCAGAGAUUACAAUUCCAAGUCACUGAAGAUAACGCCUUCCUAAUUCUUAAAUGGGACCAAUGCAACUUUCUCAUACUUGAAGUCAUAACAUGUUCUUAUGGUUCUGUAUACUUCACAACAAAUUACUAUUCACCUCUUGGGCUGUACUUGAAAAGGGUCUAGAAGUACAUCCUAACAUGAUUACACGUCGAGUUUUAGCUGUAGAGUAAGAGAAAUUCUGAAUAUUGUCGUUGGCAAAAGGAAGUACCAGGCAAUUGCAGCCUAUACAAUGUUUCUUAAAUCGGUUUGUGCAUUAAUUUAAAGAUUUGAUAU